AUGCCCGUGUCCCGAGUCCGGACCCUAUCUACACCCCUCCGCUCCGUGCCACAAUCGCAAACACACUCUUCUCGACUCCCUCGCCUUCGCCGCUGGAUUCCAUGGCGACCGACGUCUCCGCCACCGACGAUCGAAUCCAGAAGGCCUUCGACGAGCUCGAGGCCCAAAAAAACCUGAUCUCCAACUGCACCCUCAUCUGGAAGAACCUCUCCGAUCACUUCUCCUCCCUCCGCCAAACCCUAGCCGACCGCUCCCAGGCCCUCGACUCCCAGCUCCAAGCCCUCGAAGCCCAGAGCAAGCAAACCCUGGAAUCCCUCGAUCUCCGCGAGGCCUCCAUACCCGACCGCGAGUCCGCCGCCACCGCCCUCAUCGGGGAGCGCAAGGAUGCCGUCCUCUCCGAGAUCGAGACCCCGGACGCCAAGCCCCCCGAUGACCUCCAGGGGAUCCUCCGCUGGUACUGCCGCCGGAUGGACUCCGCCGGACUCUGGCGGUUCGUGGUGUCCCGUCGCAGGGACCUCGCCGUCCUCCGCAAGGAGAUAGCUGAGGCCGUCGCCGGAUCGGUGGACCCCACCCGGCUUGUGGUGGACGCCGUGGCGGACUUCUUGGACCACCAGACGACCAGCGGCGGGGCGUCCACCGGCGCCGGUGCCGACCGGUGCUGGGCCCUCGGGAUGCUGGUUCGGGCGCUCUUCGAUUCCGAGGGAAGGAAGGCGCCGAGGGUGUCGGAUAGCAUGAGGGAGAGGGCGGCGGAAGUGGCUGAGGCGUGGAAAGAAAAGCUUGGAAACAAACAGGGGGAAGGGGAAGGAGGGAUGGGGGGUUCCGAGGCCCAGUUGUUUCUGCAAAUGGUGGUGGCGUUUGGUUUGAGCUCGAAAUUUCCGGAAGAGUUCUUGAGGAAGUUGGUUCUGGAGCAUGCCUCGAGGAAGGAGAUGGGGAAACUUGCUCCUGGAUUAGGAUUUGGGGAGAAAUUGGCAGAUAUUAUUGAUGAGUUAGCAAAGAAUGGAAAGGAGCUUGAGGCAGUAUAUUUUGCUCAUGAAGCUGGUUUGACUGAACGAUUUUCUCCUGCUUCUCUCCUGAAGUCUUAUCUCCAAUCCUCAAGGAAAAAAGCUAAUGCCAUGGUGAAAAGUGGGAAUCAUUCUGCUGCUGCUACAGAAGAGGCUAGCGCGGCAGAGAUGAGCGACCUCAGGUCCAUCAUCAAAUGCGUCGAAAGUUGCCAUCUUGAAUCAAAGUUCAGUGUUGAUGGGUUAAAGAAGCGACUUGCACAGAUGGAGAAAGUGAAGGCUGAUAGGAAGAAGUCUGCAGCAGCCAGAAAGACUCAGGGCAAGAGAACACGGUCGACUGGCGGGACUGGCCCCCCUUCCCGUCCUGCCAAGGCAACUAGGACCUUCAACGCUCCUUAUGCUUCAUACCAUCGGUCGCCCACUGUACCUCAGCUCCCACUGGCUCGCCACCCAUACAGUUACCCUGCUCGUGGUGGCUUUGAUGGCCCAGCUUCUGCAUCAUAUGGUUCAGCUCAUAGCCAGAGUCCCACCGUAUCUCAACAGUAUUACAUGCCUGAAGAAAUGAGCGGAAGACCAGGUGGCUUGCCCCAUGGAUCUUCGAUUAAUUAUGCUGGGUUUGACUAUGCUUCUCCCCUUGCUGCUCCUGCCCAACCAUCAUAUCCUCGCUAACUGUAGUCCAGCUUGUUGUGCUUCAUUUUCUUGCUGCGGAAUCAAGUGUUUGCAUGUUGAAGAACUUCCACCUUUGGUGAGGGAAAAACAGAACCCAAGAAUUACUUCGCUGUCGUUUUCCUUUUUCUUUGUAAUCUGGCUGCUGUCUGUUAGUGUUCGGUUUGCUGGGUUCCUUUUGGAGCCAGCCAAACUUGGACAAAGGAGAGGUCGCGAGUUUGACGCGGAUGGUGGCACUGCUUGUACUAAAACUUGUCAGUUUCGUAUGCUUAAAUAGCACACUGCUUACCCCUUUUAUUUUUAUCAGCAAA